UUAACGUUAAAUCCAAAAGUUUGCAUCAGAAAUGAAAACGGUAAACAAUAAAGUGUUGUGCUCGCGUUACUCCUUCUAGCUGGCGCUCCAGUUUUGAGGCAGGUUAGAUGUUAAUGGUGGCAGAAUUAAAUCGACCCUCAGCAUGCAAGGCCUUUAAAACUCCUUAACAUCACACACACUUCCAAUAAUAUUAGCUCUGUUUUGACAGUUUUCAGAAGUAUCUCCGGUUUAUCUCUAUAUUCUAUCUCUAUUUAAAACCCCAACAAACCGGAACUUAAUAGGUUACUAAUGCGAGACACUGAAAGAACAUAUCUGUUGACAAUGAGUUACUUUAUAUUGCCUCUCUGUUGCCAAGAAAAGAUAAGUCUGUGGACUGAACAAACACUGGUUGCAACUUUUACAACCAAAUUAUUUUUUUCUUCUUGGCAUUGCUGUUAUUCAGAACCCCAACACCAUCAGUUGAUAACCCCACAGAUCCUCUUGUGCAGACAAUAAUCUGACUCUUUAAAGAAAUUAUUAUUUAUGAAUGGAUCGGGAUACGAUUAUAUAUUACACUGCAGGAAAGAGUAUUCUAUUUAAUCUUGUGGGAGUCAAGGUAGGGAUCAAAACAAUAUGUACAAAAACAGGCACAAAGAUGGCACAACAUGUGAGUGAUCUGCUGCUGUAGGUGGACAAUAGAGCAUCUAUUAUAACAUAAUAGAUGACUGUAAUAAAAUAGAUCAGAUAAAUGAUUCAAGAAUCCAAAGCAUUGCUUACAUAAUGCAGUCUUGUUAGUGAACAGUUUGCGCAUGUUUAUAGCCGGCUAAUUAUAUUUUGAGACAAUAGUUUUUGAGUAAGGCAUACGGACCACUUCCUAAAACAGGCAGGUCAGUUAAAUUAAGAUCCAAACUAGCACUUUCACUCCUCCUUGGGGAGAAUUUGGGUUUGCCUUUACAAUUUGGGGAAGUACAAAAAAUAACUACUUUAUAGGGCAGAUUAUAUCUAAAAAUAGAAUUAGAAAAGAAGUGGAAAACAUUUAUUUGUCCCGCAAUGCAGAAAUCGCAGUGUCUAGAAUAUAGAAUAGGCCGCGAUGACAACCUGUUUGAAGUUCACCUGGGAUGUUGCCGUCGGACAACCUGCCUGCAAGGAUUUGCAAUGGGCGACUUUGACAAGAUUUGGCGUGAGCACUGUGAGGAUGAGCAGACGCUGAGUGAGUACGCCCUCGCCAUGAAGAAUCUCGCUGACAACCACUGGACCAAAAACUGCGAGGGAGAGGGCCGCAUCGAAUGGUGUCGCAGUGUCUGUCAAGAGUAUUUUUUGGAUGGCGGAAUGAAAAGAAUGUUGGAAAAGGAUGAGAAGAGUGCCACACUCGCCAUGGGUCUGACUGCAACUUCUGUAAGUGCCCAACCGUACAGCACCAUCCCCAGUUCAAUCUCUCACCUGGGGAAAAUGCGCCUUCUGGAUGUGGGGAGCUGCUUCAACCCGUUCUUGAAGUUUGAUGAAUUCCUUACAGUUGGAAUUGACAUAGUGCCUGCAGUGGAGAGCGUGUACAAGUGUGACUUCCUCAACCUUCAGCUCCAGCAGCCUCUCCAGUUGGCAGGUGACGCGGUAGAGGCCUUUCUUCGCCAGCUCCACAACCCCAUCGACGCUCUGCCGGCUCAGCUUUUCCACGUGGUGGUCUUCUCCCUGCUCCUCUCCUACUUCCCCUCACCGUACCAGCGCUGGAUCUGCUGCAAGAAAGCCCACGAGCUGCUGGAGCUGCACGGCCUGCUGCUCAUCAUCACGCCCGACUCCUCCCACCAAAACCGCCACGCCCUGAUGAUGCGCAGCUGGCGCGUCGCCGUGGAGUCGCUGGGCUUCAAGCGCUACAAAUACGUCAAGUAUUCCCACAUGCAUCUCAUCGCCUUCCGCAAGGUGUCCCUGGCCACCACCAGCGACCUGGUGUCACGCAACUACCCCGAGAUGCUCUACAUCCCUCAGGACUUUAACUCCAACGAGGAGGAGGACUGCGCCGACAUACCGGUGCAGGUUCGCUCCGAGUACGAGGAUGACCAGGUGGCUUGGGGUUUCAUGGAGCUGCCGGACACGCCCUACGAUUCAGAUUCCGGGGAGAGCCAGAGUAGCUCCGUGCCUGGCUUUCAUGAGCUAGACGAUCCCAUCCUGCUUCAGAGCUAGGCUAAACCAGCAACCCCACCGCCCCUGGCCCCCCCCCCCUCCUCCUCGUACCUUUUGUCUACCUAACUCUCAUCUCCCUUUCGACUGCUGCGCUGCCAAAUUUAACCUGCUGCAUUCUUCUCCCACUUCUCCUCCCGCUCCUCGAAACAAUGCAGUUUGCACAGUGUGAAAGAGAGAAGUUUACAUAUUAUUUUCACAUAUCCUCUUCCGAGAGUGCAUACACACACACACACACACACGCACACACACAUGCACAUACACACACACUAAGAUGGAUAUAUUUUGAUAAAUAGCUAGGUUUUUUAAGAGUUGGAAACUGAAUGACCUUAAGGUGUCUAAUCUCCACGCUCCUUUAUUUCCACCCCAUCUUUUGAUCAGCUCUCAAUAACAAAAGUCAGCUUGUCUACAUUCUGUACUCAGUAUUUGAAUAAGCUAGUGUCGCAGGCUGCUUAGUACAAAAGCCAAAAACAGCAACCCAAGCAGUCUGACAGGAGUUUGAUUGCACUGGAGAGACUGAGAUGGGAUGAGUGGACUGGUACGCUUGCUUCUGUCACAGUCAUGCAGCUAGAGUUUCAGAAAAUUCUUGAUGUGCAUUUAGUUUUCCAAGACAAAAAAAAAAAAAAAGUUCAUUGUUUUCAAAUAUAUAUAUUCUUAGUCAGAUUUCGGUGUUGUCCAGUGUAGUGCGGCAAUGCCAUUUUAACUCGGCAUCCCCCGAACGACUUGUGUAUCUUUUACGAGAAAGUGGUAUUUGUAGCAUUUUAAAGACUUUCUGAACCAUACAGUAGGAGUAUUACUAGGUUUACUAAUGUGAAAAUGUAACUGUUUACUUUUUGUGUAACAAGGUACAAGUGCAAAACAGGUAUUGCUAUUCUAUCCCCUCCUCUCAUUGUCCUCACAAACAUUAAUUCAGAAUCCUGUUAGGUACCGAUGUGUUUUUUUGCUCUUGAGCAGAGAAAUAGUACAACACUGCAAGUCAGUGACACAAUAAAUGGACUUUCCAGCACCAGUAUCCUUUGACACAAUUUUGUAACUUUGAUGUGAGAAUACAUUCAGUACUCCAAAAAUAUCCUGAUCUGAGCUCCUCCUAGUCAGAAGAUUCACCUUGACAGAAGAGAUUUGCACUAAUGUAUGGUUUUGUGAAAUGGAACCUCUGGAACAGGUGAAAUCAGGACCAGAUCCUGAUCUGGUGAUACUUUAUGCUAAUGGGGGAGGUUUUAGCUAAAGACACUACCGGGUAAAAUGUUAGUGUGUGUUUCCGCCAGUCCCUGAACAGGCUAAACGUGCGGAUGUGGUUGUCGGUGUGAAUGAAAGAGUGUGUUUUUUUUUUUUGUUUUCUUUUUGUCAGUGGCACUUUAUCGUUGAUCCCAAAGGGUGUCACAAAACUACGUUCCCAUAAUGAUAGUUUUACAACCAAUGUGACAGCGCCCAUACAAUAAUAGUAGAUAGUUUAAGGUGCCUUCUUUGUACAUAUUUGUGUUGCAAAUUGAAUCUCAAGCCCCUGGAGACAGUUCAUUUCAUAACAUUUUAAAAGCCCGGUGUGUAAGAUUUACGUCUCAGUUGCACCUUUGAGUCCAUUUGCACACAAUGGCUACAUGGGUUGUCCUACACACUUAGAAAAUAAGGGGAAUUAAGUUGUUCAGAUUGGCAGACCUCACCAUUAUAUCCCACUAAAUCCUACACACCGGCCCUUUUAAUUAAAAGUUAGAAAGCUUCUUUAGCCAAGCAGUAUGCACAAACUGUUCACUUCUCCUUUGUCAUAAUAAUGGAACAAGAAACAUGUCCAUAGAUGGUGUAAUACAGUGUGUUGUUCCCAUUUCCAUAUCAUUUUCAAUACACAUCUCUUGGCUGAUAUUUCCCGUUUCAACAAAAUGAAAAGUUUCACAGUACCACACACAAUCUGACUUUGAAGAAGCGUGUUUUGUGAUUUGUCUUCCAGUGUUUCUUUGCAUGAGGUGGUUCAUCUUCAUUUUCAUCAAUGCAGAACAAUGUGUGCUUAUAGUAUGGUUGUAUUUCUCUUUUAUAAAUGAAUGUACAUGA